AUGUUGGAAAUCAAGGAGAAUAGAAUACAAGCUGUCUAUUGGCGGCAUCACUCCAACAGGGUGAAUGUUCCAAAGACAAAGAAGACAUAUUGCAAGUCUAAGGAAUGCCGGAAGCACACCUUGCAUAAUGUUACGCAGUACAAGAAGGGAAAGGAUAGUUUGGCUGUGCAGGGCAAGCGCCGGUAUGAUCGGAAACAGUCAGGUUGUGGUGGACAAACCAAACCUGUUUUCCACACGGAGGUGAACGUUCCAAAGACAAAGAAGACAUAUUGCAAGUCUAAGGAAUGCCGGAAGCACACCUUGCAUAAGAUUACGCAGUACAAGAAGGGAAAGGAUAGUUUGGCUGUGCAAGGCAAGUGCCGGUAUGAUUGGAAACAGUCAGGUUAUGGUGGACAAACCAAACCUAUUUUCCACAAGAAGGCGAAAACUACAAAGAAGAUUGUGCCGAGGCUGCAAUGCCAGGGGUUCAAGCAUGUAUCACAGCACCCAAUCAAGAGGUGCAAGCAUUUUGAGAUUGGUGGAGAUAAGGAGGGGAAGGGGACUUCUCUUUUCUAAGUGGCAGUUUUAUGGAGUAUCAUCCUGGUCUUAUUGCUGUGCUAUGUUUCUUGACCUAAGGUCUAACUUUCAAUUUGAAUGCUUCUGUUUUUAUACUUGUUUUUACCUUUUGAAAUGAAUAGAUAUACCUUGUCUACUUAAAGGGCAAUGUAGCUUGGAUUAAGCUAUCGAGAUUAUGAAUAUAAAAAUGGAUUUUCAAUAUCAGUAUUUAGCAGGCAGGUUCUAUAAAAAUCCCGAUAAAUCUAAUUGGUUUGUGUUGCAUUGUCUAUUCAGCUUUCUUAUUUGUUGUCAUAGGCUUUUGUGUACUGAACCUUGCUACCCUAUCAGUGCCAUGAUAAUACGUUCAUUUGUAUAUUUGUGCUUAUAUAUAUACAUAUUUAUAUUGAUUACUGUAGUAUGUUUGUUUUUGCUUUAAUUUAUUUUUUUGGGUAAAUUGUUUUUGAUUUUAUAGAAUUACUGUUAUAAUUUGAGUAAUAGGGAACAUGAAUAAAUGAUGAAGAAGUUUUACAUAAUUAUGGGUGGUACCCUCUACGCACAAAUGCAUUGAUAAGGGGGCAAGAGUUUCCUUCACCAAGAUCAUGCUUAACAUGUGAAUUCAAAUCUGGUGAAAAACAAUUUAUGAAGAGCGGAUGUGUGAGUUAUUUGUCAUGAAAAAAAAAAAAGGCAUUUUUUCCUUGAACAAAUAUAUAUAUAUAUGUAUAUAUAUAUAGACAUACGAAAAUGAUCUCUUGCUCAAUGGUGAGCAAGAAAUUCGUCCACAUAUAUGGAUAUGUUUUUGCAUCUGAGUGCUUCCUUUUAGGAAAAUUGUUUCAAGUAUUUCUAUUAUCCCUUUCUAGGAAGGUUUCUCUCUGCCUCCUUGCCCAAUAAAAUACCAUCUGUGCACAUUUUCUAAUUUGGAGUACUUAAAGUUGUACAUUUAAAAUUAUAUGGGUGAAUUAUCCUGACCUCCUCACCUUUCCACCCUCAGACAAAAACCUUUUGAGAAACCAGUGUCCCCGGUUAAAAUUACAGAAAUAAUCGUGCAAAUGUUUGUAAUGACUUGUACUCCCAUCACUAAAGUGAGUUGCUGAUAGUUGGAAAUUCUUUAAAGUCCUUGCACAUCCUUAGGUGACCUAACACAUCAAAACUCAAUGUUAGAUGGAUAUUCCAAAACAAAUUAGUUGACCCCUUUCCAUAGUUGUUGGUUGCAUUUUUCUCCGGUUGAAAAAUCUGAGUGCGACAGAUAAACAUACAUCCAUCAUUUUUAGUGAGUGGAGUCUUAUUUUUGACUUGUUUGGAGAGUGAUAGAGAGGGUGUUUCGUGUGAUCCCAAGCUCCUGAUUUUUGGAGGGUGGCAUCCUUUUGUGUUUGGUGGUGCGUUUGGCAAAAGCACAAGCUUGUUGGAGAUCAUUUUAUAGGCACAAGCUUGUUUGAGAUCAUAAAUGCAUCUUUUAAGCUUAAAUACUUUAUUUUCUUUCCCUUUAGAAAUGAAUCCUUCAGGUUGUUUCAUUUAAAUAUCUUCAUACCUAUUUAGGAACUGCUUCUACAUCCAUUUAAUAUAAUCUCAUAGUCAUAGUAUGCAAUAAUUGUUAACAAUGUCCCAAUGGAUUUCGGCAUUGAUACGAGUGAAAAGUUUUUUCAUAGUCCAUAUCCUCGUUUUCUUCAUUUAGCCUUUUGUUACUCCCCUUCUUCAUUUAACCUUUUGGUCUCCAGAUAAGUAAGUGACAAAUUGCAAAUAUAAGCUGUCGCACAAGUAUCAAUACACCGAAAACUAUUAGACCUAACAAGCUUUGGAUAGACUUAUUCUACUGCACAUGUGAAACUUUCGUUAAUAUUCAUAAUCUGUUUCUUCUCUCCAUGUAUUACCAGUUUAAAACCAUAUAUUACCAGUGACAAUGUUCAAUACAGUGAUUUAUAGACUCUACGCAACUGAGAUUGAUGAAUUUUGUAAUGUGAAAUCUUCAUUGGGUCAUUCGAAUGGUUUAAUCUUCAUUGGGUCAUUCCAAUGGUUUAAUACUACCUUUAAUCGAAUGUUAAAUCAGUGUGUUGUACGAUAGUGUUUUGUAUGGAGUAAUAAAGUUAUAAGUGCAUUAAACCCCCUGAACUAUUAACCAAAAGCACAAAACCCCCUGACCUAAGUUAAGCCCCCUGUACUCUGUAAAAAGUGCAAUUUAAAGACGAAAUUAAAUGUCUCCAUCACCAGAUGCCGCCAGAGAUGUUAGGAUUACCAAAUUGCCCUUUAAUUAAAUAACGUAGUUUGGUUGUUUGAGUAGCUGUUGCUAAUGUGUCAAGUGCAAUCUCAACAACCAAUAGCAUUGUGCCAUCACAUCACCUUAUAACAAUUGCACCUAGUUUUUAGGCCAAACACCACCUUAUUUUAGCACUAAUCAACACUGACACCUCCUAGACAAACAACAAAGUUAACCAACUCCAUCGCCCACGGCAGCUGCCACCUUUUUUUUUUUUUUUUGUCACUUGUUGAAACACUAGGCCUUGCUCAUUCCAUCGCAACAUAACAACUGAAAGAAUCGAAAUCUACUCUAAUCUUGCAACUUUGAGACUCUUGAUUCCAGAUAAUUCACGUAUAGUGCGAACAUGGUUUGGGUGACCUGGGCUUUCUGGCAGCAUUGCGUAUGUGUAUAUCUAUGUAUAUAUUUGGAGGUGAGAACAUUGCCCCCUGCACUCCAUUAAAUCUGAUGAGCAAACACCCAAAAACAAUACAUAUAUUUGAGAAUCCAUUAAUUAAGAAUUUCUUUGUCUUCAUUGAGUUUAAU